UUUUUUUUGCAACAAAAAAACCAAAAAUAAUAUGAAUGUGUGAGUGAAAAGGUGUUAGAUUUGGAUGAAAUUUAGUAUAUAUACUUAUUAGGUCCAAAGGUAAGAUUAGACACAGAAACUGGUUGAGAAACUGAAGUAAUGAGUGAAUGUUGUAGGGGAAAUAUUGUACAAGGUUUUCUUAGCAAAGUAGUCAUUGAUUUUAUAUUUCAACAUUUUAGAAAGUAAAACACAGUCAAACCUCAUUCUAUUAACAGAUUUUGAGGCGAACAGAUAUUAAAUUAUUCUUAAAAAAUAUCAAUUUUUAUUUUUGGAAAAGAAUCUUAGAAAAGGAAAGUUUGAAAUUCAAAAUUGUGUAAACUCGUCUUUGGUUUUGGAUAGUUUUUCAGUAUUUAAAGAUGGGCAGAUCUUUCGAUGACAAGCGGAUUAAAAAAGAUAAAUCUAAUGGUAUUACCACGCCACUAAAAGGUGCCACGCCUAUAGAUCCCGUGCCGCUAGAACCCACGCCUGAGUCCAAGUCCCUGGACAUAACGCCACUUGAUCAGGUCAAUUGGGAAAAAGUGCAGCGAGAGAUUCGCUUAAAGGUGGCGGAGGCAAUGGAGGGCUUUUACAGUAUGCACUCCAAGGCGUGGGUGAAGAUGCAGCAACUUAUACAGGAGGAACUUUUGCCCAAACUAGAGAGAAAUGCAAUGGGGGACCUCAAGGAGAUUACGGAACUGAUGCGGCGGUUGAUAGUUCGUGUGGAAAAUUUGCGAUCAGACUUUGAACUUCACUGGGAUAUGGAAACUUCAAAAAAGAAUAGAAAGAGUACACAGAAAAAGGAUGAUAUUCAAAGUCUGGAACCUUAUUUCUUCGAUGUCAUCUAUCAAAAUCCCCGCUGUAUUAGCAGGGCCACCAGCGAAAGGGAGUUUCUUCGAGAGAGUAGUCCUCAAUCUGAGGAUGAAAGCACUUUAGAGGAACACCAGCUAUUCCAGUUCCAGGUGAAUCAAGCAUUUGUGAAGAAGUCAAUGAUAUCCAUGUACCUCAAUCGAAAAAGUUGCUACUGUCCAAUUCAUAAUCGUACGAAAAGGAACCAUGGACCUAUACAUCAGCCCCGCGAUCUGGUUGAUAUUUACGACUGACCUACUUGGUUGGUCUUUCCCCUACAGUAGAACGAGCUUUUCCAGUCGUUAUUAACAGGAUGAUUCGUGAAAAGUGGAUAGUUUUCAUAUCCUGUUCUUGAGGUUUAAAUAAGUUUUUAAAAAAAUAUACAAAUUGUUUGGUGAAAA